AGUUUUUGAGGGUAGGGGAACCACAACACCAGGGGUCUAGAAAAUGUCUGUCACCGUAGAGGAGAAGAACUUCGGCCUGGCCGUCAAUCCGCUGACCGAGGCUCGGGAAAUGGUCCGAUGCUACACCCUGAAGAACACCAAGGGCAUGUCCGUAUCGGUCAUCCAACUGGGCGCCAUCAUCCAGAGCAUCAUGAUGCCCGACGGCUCCAAGAAGCUGGACGAUGUGUGCCUGGGAUUCGAUGACGUCGCUGGCUAUGUGACCAACAAAGGGGCCUACAUCGGCGGAACCCUGGGGAGAGUGGCCAACCGCGUGGGCAACGGCGAGUAUACGGUGGACGACACAACAAUCAAUGUGACGAAAAACAUACAGGACCAGUUCCAGCUGCACGGCGGUUUCGUGGGAUUCGACAGCGUCAUUUGGGAGGUGGUGCAGAAGACAGCCGAUGGCGUGGUAUUCCGGCAUGAAUCGCCACAUGGUCACGAGGGCUAUCCGGGAACUGUGACUUGCCAAGUGACCUACCGACUGGAUCAUGAGAACCGCUUGUCCAUCAGUUUCGAGGCCACUACAGAUCGCCAGACGGUUGUGAAUCUCUCGAACCAUGCUUACUUCAAUCUAGCUGGCCAUAAUUCAGGAGCCAGAGGUUUGGCGGAGCACACGGUGGAAAUUUCAGCCAGUGAGAUCGUGGAAACGGAUAAUUCCCAGAUACCCACAGGGAACUUAACCCUUGUUACUGGCACCCCGUUUGAUCUCAGGUCGCCCGUGGUCUUGGGCGAUCGCUUACCGCAGUUCGAGGAUCGUUUCAUCAAGGGGUUCGACAACUGCUUCGUAAUUAACGGAGGCCAAGUGCUGAGAUCUACCGUAAAGGUGGCCAAAAUAGUUCAUCCGCCCAGUGGCCGGUCCAUGGAGGUCUGGACCGAUCAGCCAGGUGUGCAAUUUUACACCGCAAAUAACAUGGCGACGAUAAAUGGCAAGAAGGGAGCUCGAUAUGUGAGGCACGGGUCCUUCUGCAUGGAGACGGAAAAGUUCCCCGAUGCCAUGAAUCAUCCCAACUUCCCCUCGAUCAAUCUGGAACCCAAUGAAACGUAUCGUCACGAAGUUGUGUACUGGUUCAAGGUAGAAAAGAUCUGCAGGUGCUGCUAUAAAAAGUAACCAUGACCUCUGGUUAAAUCAAAAACGAUGAUUAAAAUUCAGAAACAUGAUUUUGCAA